CUCCUCUUCCCCGCAAGUUCCUCACCUUUUCAUAAAUUGAAGACUGGAAAAUAAAACCAAACCCACAUGUAAUUGACAGCUCGUGUCAGGCAAAACGCGUCAAUAAUUGAGGAUUGGAAGUUUCAUCGGCACUUCCUCACCAUUUCAUGAAUUCACAUUGGAUUCAAAGCAAAGAUAAAGCCUUUUACAUUUCGCUCACUCACACGGUCACACCCAAACUCUUCAAGUAAGACUCAUCUUUUUUCUGAUGACACCCAAACACUGAAACAAUUAUGUUGGCUUCAAUGGCCAACCAACGAGCCUCUUCUUCCUCUGCUGCUUUCCCAAAGUCACGGGAAUACCAAGUAUUUCUGAGCUUCAGCGGCGAAGACACGCGCCACAUCUUCACAGACCAUUUGUAUAGCGAUUUAUGUAAACAAGGCAUUUACACCUUCAGGGAUGAUGAUGAUCUCAGAAGAGGAGAAGAAAUAUCACGCGCACUUCUCACAGCAAUUGAAGAAUCAAAGAUUUCUGUGGUUGUGUUCUCUAAACACUAUGCCUUUUCAAACUGGUGCUUGGAUGAACUUGUUAAGAUUCUUGACUGCCAAGAAUCAAAACAACAACAGGUCAUCCCAGUUUUUUACAAGGUGAAUCCAUCAGAUGUACGGAAUCAGAGAGGUAGCUUCGGGGAUGCACUGGCUUACAUGGAGUGCAAAUACAAAGAAAAUAUGCAGAAGGUCAACAAAUGGAGGGCAGCUCUUUCACAAGUAGCAUCUUUGUCAGGGUUCACCUUGGACGAACAUGAAUCUGAAUCUAAAUUUAUGCAAAACAUCAUUGAAGGCAUUUCACAGCAAGUAAUAGACCGUACAUAUUUAUAUGUGACAGAGUAUCCAGUUAGAAUGUGCCAUCCUGUAGAAAAUAUACUUAAGCUUUUAGAUUUGGGCGAAAAAGACGUCCGUAUGGCAGGGUUAUGGGGAACUGGUGGAAUUGGCAAGACCACAAUUGCUAAAGCUGUUUAUAAUUCAAUUGCCCAUGAAUUUGAAGGUAGUUGUUUUUUGGAAAGCGUUAGAGAAUGUUCAAUAUGGCGGAGAAGAGGUUUAGCCAAACUACAAGAGAAUCUUCUUUCUGAGAUUCUAAGGGAUAGAAAUUUGGAGGUGGCCAACGUUCAUAAAGGGGCCACGAUGAUAAAGCACAGGUUGAGUUGUAGAAAGGUUCUCUUGGUUCUUGAUGACGUGGAUGACAUGGACCAGUUACACAAGUUAGUUGGGGCAUGUGAUUGGUUUGGUGUAGGCAGUAGAAUUAUCAUAACAACAAGAGAUAAGCAACUGUUAACUGCUCAUUGUGUUAAUUUAAUAUAUGAGGUCAAGAUUUUAGAUGAUCCUGAAGCUCUUGAGCUCUUCUGUUGGCAUGCCUUCAAAAGAAGUGAGCCUCCUUUGGGUGAUUAUGUGAAAUUUGCAGAACGUGCAAUACGCUAUGCUCAAGGCCUGCCUUUGGCCUUGGAAGUUCUCGGUUCUUAUCUAUAUGGUGGAAGUAUAGAUAAAUGGGAAGCUGCAUUGGAUGGUUUCAAAAGCAGGAAAAUUCAGGACGUUCUCAAAAUAAGUUACGAUGCCUUGGAUUAUAUUGUCAAGGAGGUUUUCCUUGACAUUGCAUGUUUCUUUAAGGGUAAAAGUAGAAGGGAUGUGACAGAAAUACUACUUGUAGCUGGUGGCCUCAACCCAAUGUAUAGCAUUGAAGUGCUCAUAGAAAAGGCACUCAUAAGUGUUGAAGGAAAUCAAAUUCUGAUGCAUAACUUACUCGAAGAGAUGGGUAAGGACAUUGUUCGCCAAGAAUCGCCUGGUGAACCUGGACAACGUAGCAGAUUGUGGUUUCAUGAAGAUGUUUAUCAUGUUUUCGCUAAUAAUACGGGAACAAAUAGAAUCAGAGGCAUUGUGGCAAAUUUUCCCAACCAAGAUGAUAAGAUAUGCUUGAAUCUCAAAAGCUUCUCCACCAUGAAAAAUCUUAAAAUUUUCAUAAUCCGUAAUGGAUGCAUUUCUGGAGACAUUGGAUGUCUCCCAAGAAGUUUGCUGCUUAGGUGGAAUAGAUGUCACUUACAACCCUUCAACCGCAACAAAGAACGAGGGGAGAGAUUGAAGAGUACAACAACAUCACUAAUUAAUAAAGGGUCACAAGGUAGCACCAUUACUGAAGUGAUGAAGGCAGUUUCUUCUUUACCUGAUGCAAGUCCUGGGAGCCCUUUGUGGUUGUUUGCAACUCAGUUAUUUCUACGUCAAGAAAAGAGAGAAAUGUUCACAACUAUGGAACAUCCUAAUGUCAAGCUUCAAUGGCUUAACUAUGAGCUGCAAAGAAGCUAGCUGCAUUUUUAUUAUGAACAUUGAUACAUUGUGUGGUGGAUAGUGAUAAUAUGGUCUAAACUUUCUUAUAACUUUGUUUUGUUAUCUAGAUUUAUAUUUUUAGGCUUUUUAUUCGGAUUUGUUAUCUGAAUUUGUUAUUUGGAUGGUUAUUUUAAAUUUUACUGUGCUAUAUAUUGAUAAUUAUUAAAAGGAACUGUUUCUUUGA